AUGGCAGCCCAAGUUAUAAAAGGGUUACCAUACUCUAAAGGCCCCAAGAAAUUCAUCAAGGCCUUGCCCUUGAAUUAUUCCAAUGGCUUUAGUUUGCAUGGUGAUGCAUACUUGAUCAUCAAACUCCCUCAUUCUAGGCUUUUGAGGCUUUUUGCUCGAUCUAUGGUUUUGGCUUUGUUUUUUGUUACAUUCUUUAUGUUUCGAAACAUUUUUGGUGCUUUUCCAUUGAUCUCUCUACCACAGCCUGUUGUUGAGCCUGAAACUGCAAACCGAUAUUCCACAUCAGUCGAUCUUGGUCUCUUGCCUUUGCUUUCCCGUGAUUUAGCAAAUGAAGGCCUCCUUAAAACAGGCGAUAAAGCUGUACUUUUAAGCAAUGACAAUGGCAAUGAUAUUGAUCAUGACGAUGCCAUUGAUAUUUCUCAUAUCCUAAAUGGCAAUUACGAUAUUGAUCUAAUCUCGGUCUCUGAUUUUGAUCGACAAAGCACAAUUCUUGAAGAAUCUCUGGACUUUGUCAUCACCUAUUGCUUCCCUGGUGCCCAAGAAUUCAUCGAUCGCACCCUCAAAGUGGGAGGCAUUGCUGUUGUACAACUAAACGAUAAUCCUUCGUUUCUAUUAAAUAAGCCAUCCAAUUACAAAAUAGUUUAUCUCAGGAAAUUUCAACCAACGGUGAUGGCCAUGAGGAAAACAAGCUAUAGUAGUAAUAAUAAUCUCAGCGCACAAAGGAAGCUCCUUGCAUAUAGAACUGAGGCACGAAAGGCUGCACUAAAGAACCUGGAAGAUGUGCUCUUAGAACCCCCACGAGCAGCUUCAGGCAAGUCAAGACGAUACUUGAAAAAGACAAGGUAUCUGCCUGAUUUAAUGGGCGAUUCACUGGAGGGCUAUCCACGUCGCGUGUUCAUCGACGUGGGGUUGCCAGAGAAAGAAGGAGGAAGUGGCACUGGGUGGUUUGCGAAGAAUUACCCGACCAGAAAUCUUGAUUUCGAUAUGUACAAGAUUGAGACAGUAACGGAGGUGUCAUCAGGGAAGGAGGUGCUACAGGUGGAAGAGGUAAUUGGGAUGUCGGGUUGGUUGAGGAAGAAUGUGAAGGAGGAAGAAUAUGUAGUGAUGAAGGCUGAGGCAGAAGUGGUAGAGGAGAUGAUGGAGAGCAAGGCAGUAAGGUUGGUUGACGAGCUUUUCCUGGAGUGCAGGCCGCGAGGACACGGAGGAAAGGGGAAUAAUGGAGGCAGAAGGGCUUAUUGGGAGUGCUUGGCUUUGUAUGGAAGGUUAAGGGAUGAGGGUGUUGCGGUGCAUCAAUGGUGGGGUCGCAAGCUUUGGCGUAUUGUUACCGGAGAUAUCACUACACCGACAAAAGAGAACGAUGAAACUGAUGCAAAAUUUGCUGACUGUCUUGAGAAUUGGGAUAGUAAAAAUCAUCAGAUUAUCACAUGGUUUCGCAAUAUCUCUGUCUCGUCCAUUCACAUCCAAUUUGCUGAUUAUGACUCUGCAAAAGAAAUUUGA